GGAUUACAGGGAAUCUUAUCAAAGGCAGUAAAUAAAAUAUAGAAACUUUCCAUAUAAAGUAUUGUUAAAGGUGUCAUGUCUUUGGUCCUUUACUCUUUGCAGCCUGCUAGAUCUGAGAGUGUGUGUCGGUAGCUAUCCUCUCGCCACUUCACUCAUCAGCUCAGCUGUACUCAAACUGAAGUUGCAUGUUUCUAAACAAGCCCAUGGCUGCAGUUUCUCCACCUUUGGUUCCGCCUCUCUUAUUUGCUAGAAUAUCAGGGAUCCUAGUGGCAGCUUUGGUCCUCUCGUGGGCUCUUCUUUUCAAGUCUAGCUUCCUUCCUCACUCUUCUUUACCCUCCCAAGAAGACCUCAUCUAUGCAGUCCUCCAUCCUUUGCUCAUGGUGAUUGGCUUCAUUCUCAUAAGUGGGGAAGGUAAAUCAGAAAAUGAAGUGAAAAUAGAUUAUUCUUUUUUUCAAACAAUUGAAAGUUCUUCUUUCUUUUCAGCUAUAUUGAUACACAGGUGGUUGCCUGGUUCAAGGAAUUUGAAGAAAUCUGUGCAUUUGUGCCUUCAAGGGGUGGCUUUAGGUUGUGGGGUUUUUGGGAUUUGGACAAAGUUCCAUGGACAAGAUGGCAUUGUGGCUAAUUUUUUCAGCCUGCAUUCUUGGAUGGGUUUGAUCUGUGUCAGCCUGUUUGGAGCUCAGUGGUUGGUGGGUUUUGUAAGCUUUUGGCACCGAGGUGAAGUGCGGACGACAAGAGCAAAGGUGUUGCCGUGGCAUAUCUUCCUUGGUCUCUACACUUAUGGCUUAGCAGUGGCAACAGCGGAAACGGGGUUGUUAGAGAAAUCGACAUUCUUGCAAAGCAGGCGGACUGUAUCCAAACACUGUCCGGAGUCCAUGAUUGUUAAUAGUCUAGGUCUGGGGUUGGUUCUCCUCUGUGGCAUUGUCAUAUUGACGGCAGUUUCGCCUAAAUAUCAUGCUCUGCAAACCAAACUUAUGUAUUCCUCAGAUACCAAGUGUUUGUCCUCUUGAUCACAUGAUUAGAGAUCCAAAAGAAAUAAAAAGUCAUUCCUAUACUGUUUGUUAUACUAUUGUAUAUAAUGUAAAGUGUAAGGUUUUGGUGCUGCAUGGGGAUUUGGAGAGGAAUGAUUUGUGUUUCCUUAAAUGGAAAAGCCUUUUGCUGUCAAUUUAAAGAGUAAGAGCCAAGUGGUAUAAAAA